AGCACGUCGGCUCGAGCCACGGAUUAAACCGGGCCGAGCCCACGUGGUCACCGUCAUCCCCGCUGUCCCCACCGCUGCCGGGAACAACACGGUCUCAUACGCCGCAACGCCGGGAAGAGGGGAAGCGAAGCGCAUACAUGCUGGGCGUUCUCCGCCGCGCCGCCCCCGCCGCAGCGUCGUCUCCGGCGCGGAGCCUUAGUCAGUUUCGGUGCGCUUACCACAGAAGCAAUGAGAGACUAUUACCUAUCCGAGACCAAGAAUUUUCAUAUGGUCUUAAUUGGGCAAUUUCUGGAAGAGGUGUUGUUGUAAAAGAUAAGGUCUUCUAUAACUUGGAAACACCGGAGCUUCAGAAAGCUGGUGCUACUUACACAGAGCGUUUGUCUGGCAUUCCACUCCAUGUUAGAGGAAAUGUCAUCAGUGGGGUUCCUGACGUUUCAAAAGCUCAAUUUGCAAAACUUCUGAAACUGGUGACAUUUCACCUUUCAACCAUCUCAAGUCUUUAUGUUCAAGAUGGUGCUGUUGGUUCAUCUGCCGAAUGUGAUGCAAAGGUCCGUGUCAUUAGUGAUAGCACUUCUGCUGUUAUGUUACUGUCCAGUGCCCUUUGGAAAAUACCAGAUCGUGCAAUUUCCCAUGACACAUGCCCUUUGACUAUAUAUACUGCCAGUUCCAUAAGUAGUAACGUCAAAAAUGUUCUUGGUUCUGGAACACAAUACGCUAAUGGAUUUGCAGCAGCAGACAUUGAACGCUCAUCUCUAAUCCUAUGUGGUAAAGCAUUUGCUGAUCCAACUACUGUAAAAGAUGCACUUACUGCUUUGACGGCCCCGAUAUUAUCUGCAAGAGGAGGCCUCCCUGUUCCUGGCUGGCUUCUGUCUUAUGGUGGUUCGAUGAUUUUAUUGUUUGCUCCAGUGGAGAUUAUCAGGUCCUGCUCAGAAAUUCAGAAUGCUCUUUUGUCCACUGAUUGUGGUGUAGUCAUCUCUUCCAAAGGGUCUACUGUGCUUUUCCCAACGAAGGCAAGUAGGGAGCCAAGAUUGUUUAUCAAACCAACUACAGUGAUCAUUGUAUCAUAUGAUAGCACCGAUGCUGUACCAUCAGUAUCAAAGCUCUCUCCUGGUCGGGCUGCUUACCACUUCUUGGCUGGAUAUCAUGAUGGUAAAUUUGUCCCAUGUUACAUCAGGGGGCCUUCUCCUGUGAACCCACUUGCUCUUGCAAGUUCCUUAUUCUCACAUUUGAAAGAAGAAGAUACACCAGCGUAUCUGAUCAAUGCUAAGCACUCUGGAAAGUACAUUGAUGGUAAGGAGUUUAUAAAACUAAUAGAGUUGGCAUUAUCUGACAAUCUGCCAGACAUCAAAACUGAAGAUAUUAGAGUUGGGGAACUCAAGGGGAAGUACAGGAGCUUUCUAUCCAGCAAGUUUGGCAAAUAUUUACCCAAUGAAUUCUUUUUCUAAGAGAGAUACUCUGAUGCCGUAGUGUGAAUUUAUCUUGUACUGACAUAGGUUUACAUUUCAACUUGAGUAGAGUUGGGCUUCCUAUUCUGUCAAACUACAAAAUGCACUAUUAGCUUAUGUUUUACCCCCCUCGCAGUGCCUGGAUAAUCACUGUAAUGUACAUAGUACCUUCGUGCAUGAAUUGACUUGUCGUGCAUAAUCAUUUCAGUUAAAAUUUUGUUGAGCAGCAGAAAAGUAGAAAACUUUUAGUACAUAUGUGAGCUCCAAACUCUACAGUUAUUAUGUGGAAUUUCUUCACUCCAUGAUCCCAGUAGGGAAAGAUAUUUUGCACUACAUGCUAACGAUGCAACCUGCCCUCCUGCAUGCUGCACUGUUACAGUUCCAGGACACAGUGCUGCUUCACUCCCAUGAGGCUAUGACUGCUGGAGCAAUCAGAGUGCAGUAUGCAAUGAAACGUUGGAGGACACAUGAAAGGCGUCAAUCUUCGAUGCACAUUGAAAUUGAAGCCAACCGUUUUGUUUGUGCGGGGAUGUCAGAGCUUCACAUGGUUUCACUGAGAAGAACGGUGGGGUGGUCCCCCUCUACCAUGCUCUACGCAUCUCUUCAGCCUGUAGCGGAUCUCCAUCCUCAAGAGAGCAAAGCAGUAGACGCCUGUCCAGGUUCAGGCUUGCAUCACUGGUAUCAUUUUGAAUCCCAUUUGAACUCACAUAUUUGGCAUCCAUUGGUGAAAGUUCCAACCGAUUUGGCGGUAGGCAUAGAAAAGACUAAUGACUAAUGAGCAGUGGAAGAUGCUCACGCGAACCUGAUGUUUUGGUAUUGCGGAUAGGAUCAUUUAUUCGAGCACAUAACUCUAUAUAAUCGGCAAGAAGCUGCUUUCUAUAUCCAUCCUUGUGAGUCACAUGGAUAAUUUAGAAAUAUCAUGUACUGUAUAAUGUAGCAUCUUGUAUUGACUUUAUAGUUAGGGAAGUCGGGGCAAAUACUAAAGAAAAAAAGAGGAAAAAGAUUAUAGCUGGA